CCUCUUCUCCCCUGUUCUACCGCCAAAGGUCAGCAAACGAAGUGCGUGAUAAUGUGAAGACGCUGUGUAGUCCGUGACCGUUUUUUACGUGACGGAAAAUUUUAUCGUUCGGUAGUGCGAUAAAUGCAAACGAUUCUAUAAACUCGUCGUACGACAGUAUUAAAAUUGUUAAGGUACAAUGAGUUAUCAUCGAGGAAGCGGUAGCAAGCCGAAGGGCUUCGGCUUUACCGGCUUUCAAGUAUCUGGAGUUAAAAGGAGCGGUACCAACAUACCUCCACCUCCACCAAAUUCUACCCUAAGUAAGCAAGGCUAUCACACAAUGAAUGCCAUUACGGAAAGCGCUUUGUCUGCUUCUUGGGGCAUGCAAAAACGGAGCAAGACUGAAGAAGAAUACUUUGAGGAUGAUGAUGAACCUCCAACUUCAUCAUUGGAAUAUAUACCCGCACCUGGUUCUCCUACAUAUGACUUAAUGAAGAAAUCAACAACAAAAGAUGAAAGUGACAGUGAGGAGGAUCCUCUAGAUGCUUUUAUGGCAUGUAUCGAUGAGGAGGUGAAACGAAAUAAUUGUGCGGCUCAACGCGGUGAUAAUGGUAAGGAAGACAAGUCCAAGGGAUUUCGGGCAGACAUUGAUGGAGAAGACGAUGAAGAAAGUUAUUAUAGGUAUAUGGAAGAAAAUCCAACUGCUGGUUUACAACAAGAAGAAUCUGAUCAGGAGAUCGAAUACGAUGAAGAUGGUAAUCCUAUUGCACCACCGAAGAAGAAGGACAUCGAUCCCCUACCUCCAAUCGAUCAUAGCGAGAUAAAAUAUGAACCGUUUGAAAAAAACUUUUACAAUGUGCAUGAGGAGAUUGCGAGUUUAAAUAAACAGCAGAUCGAUGACUUGAAAAAAACUCUGGGUAUAAAAGUAUCUGGGCCAUCUCCGCCAAAUCCGAUCACAAGUUUUGCCCAUUUUGGCUUUGACGAUGCAUUAAUUAAAGCUAUCCGCAAAAAUGAGUAUACACAACCUACGCCUAUUCAGGCGCAGGCAGUACCUGCCGCUUUAAGUGGACGAGAUAUAAUCGGUAUAGCGAAGACUGGUAGCGGUAAAACAGCAGCUUUUAUCUGGCCGAUGUUAGUGCACAUUAUGGAUCAGCGCGAAUUAAAAGCCGGAGAUGGUCCAAUUGGUCUCAUUUUAGCACCAACGAGAGAAUUAUCACAACAGAUUUAUCAAGAAGCAAAGAAAUUUGGAAAGGUUUAUAAUAUCCAAGUGUGUUGCUGCUAUGGAGGUGGUAGCAAAUGGGAACAAAGCAAAGCAUUGGAAAGUGGUGCGGAGAUUGUAGUCGCUACCCCCGGUAGAAUAAUCGAUCUAGUUAAAAUGAAAGCAACGAAUUUAACUAGAGUUACUUUUCUCGUUCUGGACGAAGCUGAUAGAAUGUUUGACAUGGGAUUUGAACCGCAAGUACGAUCUAUAUGUAAUCAUGUGAGACCUGACAGACAAACAUUGCUUUUUAGUGCGACAUUCAAAAAGAAAGUAGAAAAGCUCGCUAGAGAUGUUUUAACAGAUCCUAUUAGGAUAGUGCAAGGAGAUGUCGGUGAGGCUAACACCGAUGUGACGCAACACGUUAUCAUGUUUCAUAACAACCCUAGUGGUAAAUGGAAUUGGCUGUUACAAAAUUUGGUUGAAUUUCUAAGCACUGGCAGUCUUUUAAUUUUUGUCACUAAGAAGCUGAACGCGGAAGAACUUGCCAACAAUCUCAAACUGAAAGAGUUUGAUGUAUUACUUUUGCAUGGUGAUAUGGAUCAAGUUGAGAGAAAUAAAGUAAUCACGGCUUUUAAGAAGAAGGAUGUCAGUACUCUGGUUGCUACUGAUGUGGCUGCGCGAGGUUUGGACAUUCCACAUAUCAAGACUGUCGUGAAUUAUGACGUAGCACGAGAUAUUGAUACGCAUACGCAUAGAAUAGGAAGAACGGGACGUGCCGGUGAGAAAGGUACGGCGUAUACUCUUGUAACGGAAAAGGAUAAGGAAUUUGCUGGACAUUUAGUGAGAAAUUUGGAGGGAGCAAAUCAGGAAGUGCCAAAAAGCUUAAUGGAUUUGGCUAUGCAAAGUUCAUGGUUCAGGAAAUCAAGAUUCAAAGGUGGAAAAGGAAAGAGUUUAAAUGUCGGUGGAGCAGGACUUGGUUUCAGAGGCAGGCCCGAUUCAUCAAAUUCGAGUGGCUCAUCGUCGCAAGCGUCGAAGGAUAUCAGCGAGGUGGUUAAGAAGUUAGAACGACACGGACCUGGCAGCGACAGACUCUCCGCUAUAAAAGCUGCUUUCCGAAGUCAAUAUAAUUCUCAAUUCCGAGCAUCAUCGGAUCAUACCUGGGAACAGACGAUCACUCCACCUUCCGUAAUAAUGCCGCCACCGCCAACUGUUCCACCACCGAAACCCGCAGCUCAGGAAAACCAAGUUUUCAGUCCCGCGGUACCAGAACGUAAAAGAGUACGAAAAAGUCGGUGGGAGUGAUCAAAUUAGUGUACCAUUAUUUGUGCAUAUAUUACAUACAAUCGCUAUAUAUAAUACAUGCUAUAUUGAAACGAUAAUGAACUGAAACUUGUUUUAUAUUACAAUAAAAUUUAAUUUUACCAA